GGUACAUAGUGUACAUAGGGGCGUUGUGUCAACUAACUUAAGCCUCCUCCCCCACUCUAUCAUUCAGCUUGCCCGACAAGGUCCGCGCGAGUCUCCACCCACCACAGCUCCCCUCCGUCACUUUGGUUCCCGUCUGUCACUUCUUGUCACCAAAUCGCACUGCAGCCCACCGACGCAAGCUCCGAGCUCGAGACGUCAACAAUAACAUCGACGACCAGACGCAUCAUCACUAUCGUCCAUUAUCCAUCUUCCCGCCAAUUGGUUGGUUUUUUUUGGUCGCCAAAUAGACAACACCGAAUAAUACCAUAAUACGAAUCAGUCCACAAGUUGGCUGACCGACAACGCCAGUUCCUUGUACUGGAACCUCGACGGCUUCCAGCACACGUCGGCAUCUUCACGGCGCCUCCUUCUUACAUACACCAACUUUCUCAGCCACCUUCUAUUCUCAAGCGCGUCCGAACAAACCGCCAAAAUGGCCUUCCUAAUUCUCGUGAUCGGUGACCUCCACAUCCCAGACCGGGCCCUGGACAUUCCCGCCAAAUUCAAGAAACUCCUCGCCCCCGGCAAGAUCUCCCAAACCCUCUGCCUCGGCAACCUAACUGACCGGUCAACUUACGAAUACCUGCGCACCAUCGCCCCCGACCUGAAAAUCGUUCGCGGCCGCAUGGACGUCGAAGCAACCUCCCUCCCCCUCACCAGCGUUGUCACGCAUGGCAACCUUCGCAUCGGCUUCCUCGAAGGUUUCACCUUGGUAUCCAACGAACCGGACCUCCUCCUAGCCGAAGCCAACCGUCUGGACGUGGAUGUGCUCUGCUGGGGCGGCACGCACAAGUUCGAGUGCUUCGAGUACAUGGACAAGUUUUUCGUGAACCCCGGGUCGGCGACGGGGGCGUUUACGACUACUGCUGCUUCGUGGGCUGUUAACCUCGGCAGCAAUGGAGAAGGACAAAAAGAGCAGGAUAAGGGGUUCGAUGAAGAUGAGGAGGUGGUGCCGAGCUUUUGUCUGAUGGAUGUCCAGGGUAUUUCGUUGACGCUUUAUGUCUAUCAGUUGAGGAAGGAUGAGAAAGGGGUGGAAAACGUGGCGGUUGAAAAGGUAACGUAUACAAAACCGGUGGAGCCGACGGGAGCGGGCGGCGCUGCUGCUGGUGCUGGUGCGGCCGCUUCUGGCGCGGCUUCGGUGUCGUCGUCAUGAUCUUUGAUACACUUGCUUUCUGGGGUUAGUGGAGGAAGUGGGAUGGAACUAUAAGCAAGAUAAGCGAGCGUGAUUGCUGUAAUGAUGAUAUACCACCUGAGUUGUGUUUUUUUAUGUGCCAUCUUUGGUCAAAGGUCAAGGGUUCACUACUGGGCAGGAUGCUAAACUUCAGACCUGUAUCCUGACCGAGACAUGGACAUGGGAGCUGUUAUUGCAUCUAUCACCUUG